UCACGUUGUUAUUUUUGUGUUCUGUUUUUUUUUUUUUUUUUUUGGGGGGGGGUUGGAGGGGUGCAACUCGUCAUGUCGAAAGUGAUCCAGAAGAAGAACCACUGGACGAGCAAGGUCCACGAAUGCACCGUGCGGCGGGGGCCCCAGGGCGAGCUGGGGGUGACGGUGCUGGGGGGCGCGGAGCACGGCGAGUUCCCGUACGUGGGAGCGGCGGCGGAGCUCCCCGGCGGGGACGGCCCCGCGCUGGGCGCCGGGGAGCUGCUCCUGGAGGUGCAGGGGGUCCGCGUGGCCGGCCUGCCCCGCUACGACGUGCUGGGCGUCCUGGACAGCUGCCCGGAGGCCGUCACCUUCAAGGCCGUCAGACCAGGAGGAAAGCUGAGCAAGGACCUGCGGCACUUCCUUAGCCAGCGCUUCCAGAAGGGCUCCCCCGACCACGAGCUGCAGCAGACCAUCAGGGACAACCUGUACCGCCACGCUGUGCCUUGCACAACCCGCUCGCCCAGGGAAGGAGAAGUGCCCGGCGUGGACUACAGCUUCCUGACUGUGAAGGAGUUCUUGGACCUGGAGCAGAGCGGGACUCUCCUGGAGGUCGGCACCUAUGAAGGAAACUAUUAUGGGACGCCCAAACCUCCUAGCCAGCCGGUCAGUGGGAAAGUGAUCACGACGGAUGCCUUGCAAAGCCUUCACUCCGGCUCCAAGCAGGCGACCCCCAAGCGAACCAAGUCCUACAAUGACAUGCAAAAUGCUGGCCUAGUGCACGCGGAGCUGGAGGAGGAUGACGGUCCUGAAAUGAACAGCAGCUUCACAGCCGAUUCUGCUGAUCAAGAAGAGCACGGCCUCCAGGAAGCAGCGCUCCCACCUGUGAAUAGUAGCCUCAUCGCUGCUCCCAUCACGGACCCUUCUCAGAAGUUCCCUCAAUACCUACCUCUUUCCGCAGAGGAUAAUCUAGGUCCUCUACCUGAGAACUGGGAGAUGGCCUACACCGAAAAUGGAGAAGUCUAUUUUAUAGACCAUAACACAAAAACAACGUCUUGGUUAGACCCUCGGUGCCUGAACAAGCAGCAGAAGCCUCUGGAAGAGUGUGAGGAUGAUGAAGAAGGGGUCCACACGGAGGAGCUGGACAGUGAACUAGAGCUGCCUGCCGGUUGGGAAAAGAUUGAAGAUCCUGUCUAUGGUAUCUACUAUGUAGACCACAUCAACAGGAAGACACAGUAUGAGAACCCAGUUCUGGAAGCCAAACGGAAGAAGCAGCUGGAGCAGCCGCCGCCGCAGCCACAGCCGCAGCCGCCAUCGGAAGAAUGGACAGAAGACCGGUCAUCGCUCGUGCCUCCUGCUAUUCCCAGCCACCCCCCAAGCAACCCGGAGCCGGCCCGAGACACCCCCCUUCAGGGCAAACCCUUUUUUACACGAAACCCUUCUGAACUGAAAGGCAAGUUCAUUCACACGAAGCUGCGGAAAAGCAGCCGUGGCUUUGGCUUCACGGUCGUCGGCGGGGACGAGCCUGACGAGUUUCUGCAGAUCAAGAGCCUUGUCCUGGACGGGCCCGCCGCGCUGGACGGCAAGAUGGAGACAGGAGAUGUAAUUGUCAGUGUGAACGACACCUGUGUUUUGGGACACACACACGCGCAAGUUGUGAAAAUCUUCCAGUCCAUCCCCAUCGGUGCCAGCGUGGACCUUGAACUCUGCCGAGGUUACCCAUUGCCUUUUGACCCAGAUGACCCCAACACGAGUUUAGUGACCUCAGUGGCCAUUUUGGAUAAAGAGCCCAUCAUCGUGAACGGGCAGGAGACCUACGACUCGCCCGCUAGCCACAGCAGUAAAACGGGCAAAGUCAACGGCAUGAAGGACGCCAGGCCGAGCAGCCCGGCCGACGUGGCUUCCAACGGUUCCCAUGGUUACCCCAACGACACUGUCUCCCUGGCCUCCUCCAUAGCCACCCAGCCAGAACUCAUAACCGUUCAUAUCGUCAAAGGGCCAAUGGGCUUCGGCUUCACCAUCGCAGACAGUCCCGGCGGGGGCGGCCAGAGAGUGAAGCAGAUUGUGGACAGCCCCCGGUGCCGCGGCCUGAAGGAGGGGGACCUCAUCGUGGAGGUGAACAAGAAGAACGUGCAGGCGCUCACCCACAACCAGGUGGUGGACAUGCUGAUCGAGUGUCCCAAGGGGAGUGAGGUCACCUUGUUGGUGCAACGAGGAGGGCUGCCAGUUCCCAAGAAGAGCCCCAAGUCGCAGCCGCUGGAGAGAAAGGACAGCCAGAGCAGCUCCCAGCACAGCGUGGCCAGCCACCGCAGCCUGCACACAGCCUCGCCCAGCCACAGCGCCCAGGUGCUCCCCGAGUUCCCGCCCGCAGAGGCCCCCGCCACCGAGCAGGCCGACGGCUCCGGGCAGAAAAAGCCGGAUCCCUUUAAAAUCUGGGCCCAGUCCAGGAGCAUGUAUGAAAGCCGACCUAUGUCACCUUCGCCUGCGUCGGGAGUGAGCAAGGGUGAAAGAGAGAGGGAAAGCAAUUCCACGAAUUUUGGAGAAUGUCAGAUUCCAGAUUACCAAGAGCAGGACAUCUUCCUCUGGAGGAAAGAGACUGGAUUUGGAUUUAGGAUUCUGGGUGGAAAUGAACCAGGGGAACCUAUUUAUAUCGGUCACAUUGUACCGCUGGGUGCUGCUGACACGGACGGCCGCCUGAGGUCCGGGGAUGAGCUGAUCUGUGUGGAUGGGACACCGGUCAUUGGAAAGUCACACCAGCUGGUGGUCCAGCUUAUGCAGCAAGCUGCCAAGCAAGGCCAUGUCAACCUCACAGUGCGGCGCAAGGUGGUGUUUUCAGCCCCCAAGGCGGAGCCCGAGGUGCCCUCGCCGGCCUCCUCGCACCACAGCAGCACGCAGCCCGCCUCGCUGACGGAGGAGAAGCGCACCCCGCAGGGCAGCCAGAACUCGCUCAACACGGUGAGCUCGGGCAGCGGCAGCACCAGCGGCAUCGGCAGCGGCGGGGGCGGCGGCAGCGGCGUGGGCAGCGCCCUGCAGCCCUACGACGUGGAGAUCCGGCGCGGGGACAGCGAGGGCUUCGGCUUCGUCAUCGUGUCGUCCGUGAGCCGGCCCGAGGCGGGCACGACCUUCGCAGGCAAUGCAUGUGUGGCUAUGCCUCACAAAAUAGGUCGGAUUAUUGAGGGGAGCCCUGCUGACCGAUGUGGCAAGCUGAAAGUAGGAGACCGGAUCUUGGCAGUAAAUGGAUGUUCCAUCACCAACAAGUCCCAUUCAGACAUUGUCAACCUAAUCAAGGAAGCGGGAAACACAGUUACCCUCCGCAUCAUUCCCGGGGAUGAGUCUUCGAACGCCACUUUGCUGACCAACGCGGAGAAGAUCGCAACCAUCACCACCACACACACCCCCGCUCAGCAGGGGGCCCAGGAGACCAGGAACGCCACCAAACCAAAGCAGGAAGCUCAGUAUGAGUUCAAAGCACCCCAGGCAACACAGGAGCAGGAUGUUUACACUGUGGACCUGGAAAGAGGAGCCAAGGGCUUCGGCUUCAGUCUUCGAGGGGGCCGAGAGUAUAACAUGGACCUCUACGUUCUGCGCUUGGCAGAGGACGGUCCUGCCGAAAGAUGUGGGAAGAUGAGGAUCGGUGACGAAAUUUUAGAGAUCAAUGGUGAAACCACCAAAAACAUGAAGCAUUCUCGGGCUAUAGAACUGAUUAAGAACGGCGGCCGCAGAGUGCGUCUGUCUCUGAAGCGGGGCGACGGCUCCGUACCGGAAUAUGGUGGGUCAAACUAUGAAAACCUCCCCUCCUUCCCUGGCAUGACUCCAUGACUCUGUCUCCAGAACUGCGGCAGGAAAGUCUUUCUGUUUCCCCUCUUCACCAGUGUCUUACCAGCCUUCCGCACCAUGUGAUUAUUUGCCUCGCUUGUUCUGAAACCUCUACACAUUUCAUCCUUUUGCUUGCUUCCAUGGACUGGGGCAUGGCCUAAGACAAGAUCUUUCUAGCCCCCUUUCUGAUAAUCAGAGAACACAUUUUGUCUAGUCUGACCAAGAGCGAAGGAAUGAUUGAUUGAACUGUGCCAAACUGUUUCUCAGAUCCGAUUGUUAGCACAAAAUGACUCUACUCCUUUUAAGAAGCAGGAAAGCAGGUUUCCUGAGUGAUACGUUGAGGCACAAUUCUUUUUCUUUUUUCUUUUGUGGUUACUUGAUGUCUUAUUUAUGAGACGUGAAAUUCUGAGAUGGUUUGGGAGCUUGCUCACCUCCUUUAUGCUCUGUAUACAACACUUCUGCGUCCCCCCUCCGGUUGCUGCCCCAAAUGAGACUACUUGAGCCCACUAGUACAAAACACACAAAACUGUUGCUACGUUAGCCAUAUGUUUUUAAAUGAUAAAGGAUGGAAUGGAUUCCCAGUGCUCAUCAUGAGGGAAACACGUGACUAUACCUUUCCUAUGGGGAAAGCCAGAUUAUGCAUAAAGUUCUUUUGUCCUAUCUAGAGACAUGAUUUGACUGAACAGCAAGGAUCUUUAAAUAGCUUAGUGUCCUCAUGGCAAAAUAGUGUAUAUUGUAAUAAUUAUGUUCUAUUUAUUUGAGAUUCUUGUUUAAAAUUUAAAAUUUAAAUAAAAAAAAAAGCUAUGCCCUAGAUGUAGGGCUUUUCUUCCCAACCAAAGGUCUACAAAAGUUUCUAUAGAAACUGUGAUUGAAUGGUCCCUACGCGUCAGUCCCCUUUAUUAGGGAGUUUAUCUGUUAUCGCCCUCUUUUCGCAAAGUCAUUCUGCACAAUUCCCAGUUGCACUUUGGACUCGAAGAGAUCUUUAAUUCAAAAACAGCUCAAGGACAGGGCUAACUCCUUUGUUAGGAGUUAGCCUUCCCAGGUGUUGGACAUCGCGGUGCAAAAUACGAGGGACCCAAGGUGGGGGUGGCAUGUGAGACGAGGCCCCCUCAGACAUGGCCAACCACACCCAGGGAAGGUAGCCUAACAACCCUGAGAUGUUACAGCCGUGCUGGCUCUGGAACCCUGACAGGUGUAUGGAUGCCCUGAAACCGUGUAACGCUGUCUCCCUUUUCUGUCUUCCCUCUGCUUCUGUUGGAUGUGAUUUUCAUUUCAGAGUCACCGUCAGUAACCUCUGUACCCUCUCGAAACCUGUGUCUGUUGCACUGAGGAUGAAAAUCCAAUACUAAUAAAUGUUCUUUGGGCUAAAAAUAAAGAUCAUUUAAAUGCUCAGUUUUCCAAGAAGGGUUGAACAUGCCAGGGUUGUGCUGCUGUAAUGUCUCCAUGUGUCAUUCAGACUGGAUCUCUAAUUCUAGUGAUUAGAGUCACAGAUGGGUUAUAAUAUGUUAAGUUCCAAUAUUUUUCUGACUUGAUUGGAACCUGCUUCUCUGUGAGGCUAUUUUUGUAAUGAGUUUUUUGUACUUAAUUUAACAGCCGUGGUCUUCAGGGGGGCGGGAGGGCACUUUGUUCUUCUGUUGUUUAUUGUUAAAUGCUCUCCUAUGCCAGCCUGUCAUUGUCCCAGUUGUUUGAAAAAAAAGAAAGAAAAAAGGAUGCAUCUAUUGUCUGGGUCCUGAGUCACCAUCUAUGGCUGUCUAAAACGUCACUGUUCUGAUUUCUGCAGCCUUAUUUGAGUGUUGCCUUAGACUGUCUGACUGGACAAAUAAACUCUUUGCCCUAUGUUAA